GAAGUAUUGUUUAUAUACACCUGCUGAUCAGCUGUUCUUGGCGUCAGGACAAUCAUCAACAAAAUUUAUUUUGAUUAUUUGUUUAUUUUAUAUAAAAUGAAAAGUAAAUCGGUGAGGAAACGUCAACGCAGUAGAAGACGUGCUAGAAAUGCAAAAAUUCAAAAUCCAGACGUAAAAAAUUCGAAAGACGCAAGUUCCAAACCAGCACCUCCAAAUGGGAUACCAGUUAAUGAUCCUGUUACCCAUGCUGCCACUGUAUGGCGAGGUAUAUAUGAAUCCCUUCUCAUCCGACAAUAUGAAGUCAAAAUCGAAUAUUGGAAACAACGAGCGCUGAAAUUAGAGGAGGAAAAUAGAGAAUUGCGCAAUGAACUACAGCCAACCAUACCAGUCUAUGAAACAUCAUCUGAUGAGGACGAUGAGGAGCAACGUUACUUAAAUGAUGACUACGAAUAUGACGAUGAUGAUAUUUCACCGGAAUAUAUGGAAUUCAGAACGGUUACACUCAAACAUCGUGAGGAAUUGCGAAAACAGCGUGAGAGAGAAUUGAAUCCCGUUGUUAGUACUUCGGCGACUUAAAAUCCUUCUAAAUAUAUCAUAGACAUAAAGUAAACUGAAGUAAAGUAAACUGAAAAGUAAUUUCGCUGUUAGAUUAAGUUAGUUUAUAAGAAUGUCUGAGGAUUUGAAAUAAAGCCAAGAAUGUCAUUUCAUGGAUGAUCAAAUCCAAAUGAAACAUAAAAUGUAAA